AUCGCGCACCUAGCAACAGCGGGGACGCGGGGUCCGCGGUAACGCGCGAUCGCCCGCGCCGCCCGACAAGCGGGGAGGCGGGUACGCGGGGGCCGCGGCAACGCGCGAUCGCUCGCGCCGCCCGGCAACGGCGGCAACGGUCAUUCGGCCACAGGAGAACUGAGCGCACCGGACGCGCACUGCGCACGCGUCGCUCACCUAGACUCUAUCUAUCUACAUUGUAAUAUUGAGCCGUUUCAAUUUAAUAUAUAAUUUCAAGUAAUCAAAGUUGAUCGUUUAAUUUAAUCAUCAACAUAUGGCGACCGUGACUACUGCAAUAUUUUGAAGAAAUUUCUAUUGAGAAAAGAAAAAAUCCCGUGACCCUACUGCGUCCUCCUGGCGUCGGUGGCUGUCCGGAAGAAAAAGGAGCCUGGCUGUUUGCACCUGCACUGCAAACCUCUGCGGCCCGGCGUGCCUGAGCACGUGUUGUCUUCGUGCUCCGCUCGUCGUGUCGUCGCCUCGUCGGUACUGUCUGCGCCUGUGCUGCAAAACUCAGCGGCCCGGCGUGCCUGAGCACGUGUUGUCGUGCUCCGUUCGCCGUGUCGUCGGUGCUGUCUGCCUGCGCCUGCGCUGUAAAGCAGCGGCCCGGCGUGCCUGAGCACGUGUCGUCUUCGUGUUCCGUCGCCGUGUCGUCGGUGCUGUCUACACCUGCGGUGAAAUACUCUGCGGCCCAGCGUGCCUGAGCACGUGUUGUCUUCGUGCUCCGUUCGCUGUGUCGUCGGUGCUGUCUGUCUACGCCUGCAUGCGAAAGUAAGCCCGUUCCAUAAUUUCCUUUGUCCCUACCUAUUUUCCAUUUUCUGUUUGGUGUGAGUGCUUAGCAGCUUUCGGGCGUCGGGGAGGUAUCCAGCUAGUAGCUAUAAAAUAUUCCUCGCAUUUAUAAUCUCUUACAAAGCACUGCAAGCUAACCUAACACCACGUGCCGCUAAAUUGCACGCUUGAACAAAGGUCUACUAUUAUUUUGUUUCUUGCACAAUAGUUCUCUUUAUUUGCCAAGUUAUCGUAACUUAUUAAGUCCGUGAAGUGCACGUUUUGACUAAGACCUACUUUACUUUCUUGCACGAAUAGCUAUCCCCAUUUAUCGAGUUUUUGUAACUCAUUAAUUCCACGAAGUUCAUGAUUAUUGCAUCCCAUUCAACGAAAUCUGCCGACUAUUCCAGCUUGGUGACUGCGUGCCUGAGUCCUUCGUGCUCCGUUCGCUGUGUUGUCGGCGGGCUUGACUGCGCGGCGGUCAGCGGCGCCCUGCGUACGCCGCGCACGCGUUAGGCGAGCUCGCAACGACGGUUUGUUUGCUGGACUUAAGAGGUAGAUUGCAAAUUAUUUGUACAAGUGAUAGUGUUUUGUCAACGUUAGUUCAGUUAGAAAUUUGAAGCCCAACCCAUUAUUGACAAAUUAUUUAAGUGUAGUGUGUAACUAGUAAUUUCCUACAUCACAAUUCUAAAAUACUAAAUAUAGAAGCCUUGUAUUGUUAAACAUGUUGGCCCCACAUUCGGUUGCCUCUCCUAGUGUAGAGAGUAAUGAAAGUUUGAAAACGUUAUUCCGUAGACGUGGGGGAAUUAGGAGUCGAAUAACAAUUUUUAGGAAUUAUAUGGAUAAUUUUAAACUUCACAAGACUCCUAGUAAUAUAGACAUUAGAGAAUUAACAUUAAGACUUAAUCAACUACAAGAACUUAUGUCUAAAUUUGAUACAAUACAGUCGGAAAUAGAAGCAAUAGCUCCGAAUUUAGAUGAACAAAUGUCAGAAAGAGAUAGUACAGAAAGUGAAUUUUAUUCUUUGAUUUCAGUGGCACAGGAAUUUAUAGGGUGCCAUUCUAGUGUACCAAAAGAAGACAAUGAGUCUAUAAAUUCUAAUAAAUCAAGCUGUAAAUUGAAUAGUUCAGUUAAAUUGCCUACCAUUAACUUGCCUACUUUUGAUGGUAAUUAUUCUAAGUGGCUAGAGUUUAGGGAUACAUUUGAUUCCCUGAUAAAUAAAAAUGAAUCUAUCCCAAUAAUAAAUAAGUUCCAUUAUUUAAGAAAUUCAUUAGUAGGUAGCGCUAGUGUUGCUGUGAGAUCAGUAGAGUUUUCCGAAGGAAACUAUCUGAUAGCGUGGACAUCCUUAUGCAAUAGAUUUAACAAUACAAAUAUACUUAUUAAUAAUCACUUACAAUCGUUAGUUAAUAUCAACACAAUACAAAAAGAAUCUUUUAGAGCAUUAAGAUACUUAAUUGAUCAAAUUCAAAAGAACUUGCACGCUUUAAAUAUUUUAGAAAUUCCCACUAAAGGAUGGGAUCCGUUAGUAAUAUUUUUGGUUUAAUCAAAACUAGAUCCUAGAACGAAUAGUAAAUGGGAGGAAUAUAAAGGUAAUUUGCCACACCUGCCUUCUCUAGAACAAUUUAUAAGAUUUUUAGAAAAAAGAGCUAUAAUUUUAGAAACUGCAAAUGGUGGUCAAAAUAAUUCGGGUAAACAUUCUAAUUAUAAAGAAAAUAAAUCUGUCAAGUCUUUAUCAACUAGUAUAGUAGGUUCUAAUUCUAAGGUAUGUGUUAUUUGUAAAUUCAGGGCAAUGACAUUAAAUGAAAGGCUUUGUGUGGUACAGGAGAAGAAUCUGUGUCACACAUGUCUCCGCAGUGGGCAUGAUAGCACAUCAUGUCAAUUAAGACUUUCUUGUAGGAUUUGUAAUGCAAAACAUAAUACAAUAUUACAUAGACACAGUACUAUGUCAAAUGUAGUUAAAGAAAAUAUAGAAACAACUCAGCCUGCUAUAAGUAUCAAUGACCUACCUGUUAGUUUAUCAGCCCACUUGCCAGGCCAAGUUCUUUUGUGCACUGCACAGGUAGAAAUUAUUAAUAAUUCUAAUCAUAGCUCUAUUAUUGCUCGGGCUUUACUGGAUUCUGGAAGCCAGUGUUCAUUUAUAACAAAAAAUCUUAAGGAGAGGCUAGGUUUGAACUCUAACCAAGUAAAUAAAUUUAAUGUUACAGGUAUAAAUAACAAUAUUGCCUGUGAAAUUACAGAGCGUUGCAGUUUAAUGUUAAGAUCACGAGUAGGCUCAUUUAAAAGGUCUAUAGAUUGCCUAAUUAUUCCUAAGAUUACUGGUAAAUUACCCUGUGUUCAAGUAAAUGCUGAAAGUUUAAAGUUUCCUAAAGAAGUGGUUCUAGCAGAUCCUUUAUUCUAUAAACCAGCUGACAUAGAUAUUUUGAUAGGAGCAGAUUACUUCUUUAAUAUUAUGUUAAAUAAUAAAAUCGAUUUAGGUGGUGACAAGCCUACUUUACAGGAAAGUCAGCUAGGGUGGCUAGUUGCUGGGCCUAUUGCUGAACCCUACUAUCGUUCUAAUAUUCAUUGUAAUUUAGUAAAUAGAGAUAAAAGGGUGUCACUACAAGAUAUUCAUAACUCAGUUAAAAAAUUCUGGGAGGUAGAAGAAUUACCUACAGAUUGUAAUAAGUAUUCUAUUGAUGAGCAAUUUUGUGAGUCUCAUUUUGUUAAAAAUACCCGUCGUUUAACAGAUGGACGUUUUUCAGUCAUGAUGCCACUAACGGAAGACCCGGAGCAGGCACUUGGCAAUUCAUUCCCUAUGGCAAUUAAACGUUUUGUUAAUUUAGAAAAGAAAUUGAGUAAACACUAUAAGGUUAAGCAACAGUAUAGUGACUUUAUUGAGGAAUAUGCUAAAUUAGGUCAUUUAAGCGAAAUUCAAAGACCCAAGUUUGCUUGUUAUUUACCUCAUCAUUGUGUCAUUCGGGAACAUCACGAUACCACUAAGCUGAGAGUAGUCUUUGACGCCUCAGCCAAAACUAGUUCAAGUAAAUCAUUGAAUGAUAUACAGGCUGUUGGCCCCAUUUUACAGAGUGACUUAUUUUCAAUUCUUAUUCGUUUUCGAAUUCAUAAAUUCGUAUUAAUAGCAGAUGUAGAAAAGAUGUACAGACAGAUAGCGUUAGAUGAAUCACAGAGACACCUUCAACUAGUAUUGUGGAGGGAUAAUCCUACAACUGAUAACAAUAUUAGUACAGAUGAUGUUAGUCAGUCAAUAAAAAUUUUACAGCUCAAUACUUUAACUUAUGGCAUGGCCUCUGCUCCAUUCUUAGCCACCAGGUGUCUAGCUGAGCUAGCUGAUAAAUGUCAAGAUAAGGUUAUAGCCAACGUCAUUAAAAAUGAUUUCUACAUUGAUGAUCUUAAUACAGGUGCCUCAAAUGUAGAGGAGCUAAGGCAUAUUUAUUUAAAUGUCACGAAGGUUUUAAAAUCAGCUUGUUUUCCACUGCGUAAAUUUCGAACAAAUUGUCCUCAAAUUCUUAGUAGUACAUCAGAUUCAGAUAGAUGUGUUGAAUUUCAUGAUAAAGCUAAUGUCUUGGGUUUAAAUUGGUCACCAAAGACCGAUGAACUACAUUUCCCAGAUGGGAUUGAGUUUAGUUCAAAGGUUACCAAACGAAUUAUCAUUUCCACAACAUGUAAAUUAUUUGAUCCAUUAGGUUUAGUUAGUAGUUGUAUAAUUAAGGCAAAAAUUUUACUGCAGCAUUUGUGGAUUGCAAAACUAGACUGGGACGACCCAGUACCAGAGCUUUACGCAAAAAGAUGGUUAAAUUUCAUACAAAAUUUACAUUAUUUAUCUAACAUUUUUAUACCUCGUCAUGUUUUAAUUAAUAACAAUUUAAAUGAGCAGACUGUUGAUUUACACUGCUUUGUUGAUGCGUCUCAACAGGCAUAUGGAGCCUGUGUUUAUAUACGUUCUCAGGAUAGGGAACAAAAUGUUACAGUGAGAUUAUUAUGUGCAAAAACUAGAGUUUCACCUAUUAAAGCCCUCACUAUCCCACGUCUUGAGUUAUGUGCAGCUCUGAUUGGUGCUCAAUUAAGUGAAAAGGUUUUAAAUUCGGUACCGUGCACUGUAGUAAGUAAAUAUUUAUGGACUGAUUCAACAGUGGUACUUGGAUGGCUGAAAACUCAAAAUAAAACUUUGCAAUCUUUCGUACGUAACAGGGUCAAUAAAAUUAAUGAAUUAACAAAAGACUUUGAAUGGAAGCAUGUUCCAACUGAAUUAAAUCCAGCCGAUUUGGCUUCUAGGGGGAUUGACCCACAGCAUCUGCAGUUCUUAACUUUAUGGUGGGAGGGUCCUUCAUUCCUAAGAGAGGAUCGUUCUCGAUGGCCUGCUCAACCUCACACCAUACCAAAAGAUUUACCAGAGGUCAAGGUAUUACACUCUGCUGAUGAUACUAAUAACAAUAUUUCAUUUAUUCCGUUUAAAAAAUAUUCUAACUUUAUGAGACUUUUAAGAGCCUAUGCGUAUGUUCUACGCUUCAUCAAAAAUGUAAAAAAUAAACAAUCAAAAAUAAAAGGGCCAUUACAGGCAAACGAAUUAGAUAAUUCAUUAUUAGUACUACUUAAGGAAAGUCAGGUUGAGUCAUUCACAAAAGACAUUAAAAAUAUUCAAAAGGGUAUAGAACUUCCUCAUAAAAGUAAAAUAUUGUGUUUAAAGCCCAUAUUAGAUACCAACGGGUUGCUGAGAGUUGGGGGUAGACUAAGACAUUCAGAUUACCAAUAUGAUAAGAAACACCCAAUAUUACUAGAUGGUAAGCACCACUUAGCUAAACUUAUAAUGAAAUACGAACAUUUACAUUUGUUACAUGCAGGGCCACAGUUGCUUUUGUCCUCGGUCCGCGAGAGGUUCUGGCCUCUUGGGGGCAGAAACUUAGCUCGCAGUGUCGUUAAGCAAUGUGUUAUCUGUACCCGUAUGAAUGGUCAGACGGUGCAACCUAUUAUGGGCGACCUGCCGAACGUAAGGACAAAUGCUGACUUCCCCUUCAAUUGUAGCGGAAUGGACUUCGCGGGGCCAUUUAUGAUUUCCUCUAAAAAGGGACGAGGCAACCGUGUAACCAAGGCUUACCUAUGUGUCUUUGUAUGUUUAAUAACCAAGGCCUUACAUUUAGAAGUGGUAAGUGACCUAUCCACAGAGGCUUUUAUAUUGUGUCUGCGUAGGUUUGUGUCACGUCGCGGCAAACCUUACGCUUUAUAUUGUGAUAAUGGUAAAAACUUUGUUGGUGCCAAUAAUGAGUUGGGUAGGGUUAUAAGGUCCAGCAUUCAAGCGGUCACUGACUAUGCAGCGAAUGAGGCAAUAAAAUUCUCUUUUAUUCCCGCGUACUCUCCACAUUUUGGUGGAAUAUGGGAGGCGGGCGUUAAAUCGGCCAAGUAUCAUUUAAAACGCGUAGCUGGCAAUACCCCCCUGACGUUUGAAGAGUUAGCGACGCUCUUCACCCAAAUAGAAGCUAUUCUGAACUCCCGACCACUUUCUCCACUCUCUUCAGAUCCUAAUGAUACUAAUCCUUUGACUCCCGGGCAUUUCUUAAUUGGACGUCCGUUGAUGUCAGUACCUUCAUUACCAGUUAACACAGCUAGACCUAACAGAUAUGAACUGAUUGAAAAGACAAGGCAACAAUUCUGGAAGAGGUGGAGCCGUGAAUUUAUCGCCGAGCUUCAAAAUCGCGCCAAAUGGAAAAGGAAUUCCAAGGAAAUUCAGGUCGGAGAUCUGAUUAUAAUUAAAGAGGAUCACUCGAUGCCGCUACACUGGCGUAUGGGACGAGUGGAAAGGCUGUACCUUGGAGCGGACGGCAUCUGUAGGGUAGCAGAUGUACGGACAGCCACCGGUACCGUCAAACGGGCGGUUACAAAAUUGUGCCCUCUACCGGGGGUAGAUCAAGAGGAGCAGGAGUUGAAGAUUUCAACGCCCCGGAGGAUGUGCGCGCCAUCGCGCACCUAGCAACAGCGGGGACGCGGGGUCCGCGGUAACGCGCGAUCGCCCGCGCCGCCCGACAAGCGGGGAGGCGGGUACGCGGGGGCCGCGGCAACGCGCGAUCGCUCGCGCCGCCCGGCAACGGCGGCAACGGUCAUUCGGCCACAGGAGAACUGAGCGCACCGGACGCGCACUGCGCACGCGUCGCUCACCUAGACUCUAUCUAUCUACAUUGUAAUAUUGAGCCGUUUCAAUUUAAAUAUAAUUUCAAGUAAUCAAAGUUGAUCGUUUAAUUUAAUCAUCA